GGCGGGCGGGUUACGGCUGCCGCGAGCCGGGCCCCGGCUGAGGGGAGCGGGGCUGAGGCGCCGGGCGGGCGGCGGUCGCGAUCGUCGCGACAGGCCUGCGGGGCGCGGGCCGAUGCGGCGGCGGCGGCGGGGCGGGCGAGAUGCAGCAGAAGCUGCUGCGGAGCUCGCACUACAUCGAGCUGGGCGGCUACCAGUACUGGCCCAUAAUGGUGCCCCGCGACAUUCGCCUGUACACGUACGAGCAGAUCCCCGUGUUCCUGAAGGACAACCCCUACAUCACCGACGGCUACCGCGCCUACCUGCCCGCCCGCCUCUGCCUCAAGAGCCUCUUCAUCCUCUCCAACGAGACCGUCAACAUCUGGAGCCACCUGCUCGGCUUCCUACUAUUCUUCGCUCUGGGUGUCUAUGACCUGGUGGCCGUCCUGCCGGCGGCAGGUGCCUCCCGAGAGGACUUCGUCAUCUGCUUCGUCUGCCUCUUCUGCUUCCAGGUCUGUAUGCUUUGUUCAGUGGGAUAUCAUCUCUUCUGUUGCCAUCGUUCGGAGAAGACCAGCCGGCGAUGGAUGGCCUUAGAUUAUGCGGGAAUUUCCAUUGCUAUCCUGGGCUGCUACGUAUCAGGCGUGUUUUAUGCCUUUUACUGUAAUAACUACUGGCGUCAGGUAUACUUAAUCACUAUGCUGGCAAUGAUCCUGGCAGUAUUUUUUGCUCAGAUUCAUCCCAGUUACCUCACACAACAGUGUCACAGACUGCGCUCCGUCAUCUUUUGCUCAGUGUCUGGCUAUGGAAUUAUUCCUACAGUCCACUGGGUUGGGCUCAACGGCGGCAUUGGUGCAUCUAUUGUACAGGAGUUUGCUCCGCGUGUACUUGUCAUGUACUUCAUCGCUGCUGUAGCUUUUCUCUUCUAUAUUUCCAAAGUUCCUGAAAGAUACUUCCCAGGACAGCUGAACUACCUCGGCUCCAGUCACCAAGUGUGGCAUAUCCUGGCAGUGGUCAUGUUGUACUGGUGGCAUCAAUCUGUAGUGUACAUCAUGCAAUACAGACACAGCAAGCCCUGUCCUGAGUAUAGCGUGGACCUGUGAAGCCUGCCAAGUGACGCACGUGCUGUUGCUGCCUGUCCAUUCCCACCUGAGAAGAAUAAGCAGAGGAGCUCUGACAGACAAGCAGCGUGAGACCGUCCACUUCCAGGUUCUCCUUCCCGGUGAUCCUUGCAGCAGCAGCAGCCUUAAGUCCACUCUCAGCUCCCCAGGGAAAAUCUCAGGGACUCACCACUCACAAUGCUGCACAGUCUUUUCCAGGCGAGGUGAUCAAAGUUUUAAUAUUUUAGCCUCUGUACCACCGUUAGCCUUGCAUCACCUUCCCAGACACACGUAGAUGAUAGCACUUGGCUGGAAUACCAGCACCUCAUAUUAAGUUGUUAAGUCAAAAGAUGAUACAUAACUUUUGGCUUCUUUGCAGCUAUCUCAUAGCAAAUAAUAGAGAUUUAGUCAAAUAAUUCUUUCAGAAAAUCUGUAAACUUCCAAAACACAAAAAAUUGUCUGGGUCACUCUACCCAGCUACAGUCCACAUACAGUAACUUAAAUGAACCUGAGACCCAUGUCUCAACAACAACAACAAGCAGAAACAGACCACAAUUCCAACCCAAAGAUUAAUAGAAUAGAACACGCCUUCAAUAGCAACUCUCGCUGCUUAAUGAAGUCAAAUUUUUACUUUGUUUUUAAUUUUAAAUAAUCUGUACUGAUAACAUUAACAUUUCAUCUUAUCAUGGAUCAAAAAGUCAAAAGUCAGUAGUCAAAUCUGGGUGAAUAGUGAUAAAACACUCCUUAUUUGCACUGUAGACACAUUACAAUAAAUAAAUGAAACUUUUUCUCUAAACAGAUAAAGCCAGCUUCUUCCUCAAAUGUUGGAAUUGUGUUUGAGAUAUUAACCACGUUUCACUUCCUAUUCAGUCACCUUCCCUCUGAUUCCCUGAAUGAGAUACUCAUGAAGAUUCUCUCUCAGUUAAAUCUCUUACAAUAACACAGAACAAGACAGAAAAAUAACAUUUUACAGCAAUGGUAAGAACAAGAGAACAUACAAAUAAUAAGGUUGUUUGUCAUUUCUUUUCUAGAAAACACCCACCUAGAAAGAAAAUAUACCUAAGUCAACAUCAUUCUUCUUUUCUUAGCUGGCUUACGAUACGUGCUUUAAAGACACUUCCAAGAACAAUUCUGUGUGGAAUUCUACAAUUUAGUUUGUAGAAGACAUUUUCAGAUUUAAACACCUAUCAGAUCACAUUUGUUGGCUAAGCAUAAUUCACUGUUAACACUGAGCUCUGAGCCAGUAGAAAAAAGCUAUUGAAAAACAAGGAUUUUUUUGUUCGCUUUUGUUUGUCCGUAACAAUCAUACAUACUAGUUCCAAACCAACUCCAGAUUUCUCAAGCAGUGUGUUUUUAGUCCAUGACUGAACUUUUGUAUUGUUUUGCACGUCAAGAAUUAAAGCUCAGAUUGAAUUUAACCAAGGCAAAUUCACAUGACAUAACAUAUCGACACCAUUCACUGAAGUCUAAGCUGCAUUAUAAGUACCUUUAAAACAGCAACAAUUAGAUUUCAAAGGCCUAAGGUGAGAAAAUAAAUAAAAGUAACUCCUAUACAUAUGGUUAUCUAUGUGUGGAAGAGCAAGCACUUGAUAGUUGCCACUGAAAGUUAAAGGUAACUAUUAUUGUUUAUUUGGCAUGUGAUUUUACGCUCACCCAUAAAACAAACCAACCUCUUUCAUGAAGACCAUAGGGUAAAUGCUUCCAAACUGACAACUAUUGGCAGAGCAAAUUCUUCACUUCAGAAUUGCUUUCACAUUGUAUUAAAAUACUGCACUCUAACAACAAGGCGACACAAAACAACCUUGUCCUCACUGCAUGAGCAGAAUAAAGAGAAACUAAGAAAACAGCAAUAGACUUAAUAGAAUUAAUUGUUCCUGAAUUAAGAAUUAAAUCUUUCUGGCAACAGGAGCAGACAGCAAUACAGAGACUUUGUGGUUUUUUAUCCCCCCAACAAACUGCCUUCUACAAUACAAAAGCAUUACCCUGUUAACUCUUCACCAUGUAUAGUACAAGAGCAUUUGUGAGCAUUAAACCCUAGCAGAUGACCUUUAGGAAUGCAAGGUGAAAGCAAAAGUAAACAUGGCUGCUAACUCAGGUUGACCCCAAGGUGAUUUAUUUUAAGGCACUUUACGCUUUUGAAAUUAGAUAAAAACAGGUAGCAACAGUUAUAUUAAGGCACCUUUAUCCCAACACAAACAGUCUCAACAAAACAUAGGGAAGUGUUUAAGUGGCUCCAUAAGCAGCUGAAACUCUUCUGACCAUUAAUUCUCACAUAGGUUUUACUUUGCCUCAGGUAUCAAAAUUAUGAUUCAAGUACUGAUCAGAAAAAUGUUAAAACAUUAAGUUGCAGGAUUAUGUAGUUUUACUUUCACAGUCAAUGGUCACAUACAA